AACAUUCCCGAGCAGCCGACCGUCAGUCUGGCAUGUAAACAAGGUCAGACACUGCAGCAUAAACACUUCCUCCAGACACGGACACAGCUCGCGUUUAAAGAAGGAGAAGAAGAAAACUUCCUGACUACACUUCUGAAGAGAAAGGACUCUUUUUCCUGAGCAGCCAAGAUGAUGCAGUGUUUUCACUUCAUGGUGGAGCCGGCCAAAAACUUUACGGCCAAGAUAAAGGAAUCACACAAGAGAGCGAAGAACGAGAAGAGGGAGCCUCUGGAUGAGGAUCAGCUGUUUAUAGUGGAUCUGGCCAGAGAUCUGAGCCGAGUGUGCCAGAGGUCAGCCGUCCUGGAGCACAUCUGGAGCCUUGAUGACACCUGGCCCACCUCUCUCUGCAGGGUCUUCAUCCUACAGUGGGCCUCCAUGUUAGAGAGCAAGAAGAGGCCCAUGCAGACAGAUGGCUGGCCAGAGAUGGAUGAGGUCAAACACCCUGACGAGAUUAAUGAGCAGGACCUGCUGGAGGCCAAAUCUGUGAUCCUCAACUGGAUCAAGGACCUGAGAGCUCAGCCUGAGCAAAGUGUGUGGCCUGGAGAACCCGUGGCGAAGGUUCUGGACGACCUGCAGUCCGCCUGGCGUUGGGGUCGUGCGCCCAAUCUGCUGACCGCUAUGGAGCUAGUUUUCUGGACUCUAAUAGUGCAGCGCCCCGAUAAGGACACCAUCCCGCAGCAGUGGCUCAUGUGGAAGCAGAAGACUCAGAACAUUGGUGCCAUAUCGUACAUUCCUCAACCAGUGUGGGAUUGGAUCUCAGAUGCUUCAGUGGAGGUGACUCUGGAUCUGGACACAGCCAACCCUGAUCUCCUCAUCACUGACGAGAAGAGGAUGCGCUGUGGCUUUGAGAGGAAGGAUGUUCCCAACUACCACCAGCGCUUCGACGGCUGGUGGUGCGCCGUGGCGGUGGAGGGCUUUAACUCCGGCCGCCACUACUGGGAGGUGGAGGUGGGCGAGCGGGACUGGAGGCUGGGCGUGGCCAAGGAGUCGGCCCUGAGGAAGGGCUUCAAGUCCCUGAACACAAACACGGGCUACCUGAGCCUGCGGCUGGAGAGGGGCACCGAGCUGAAGGCGCUGACGGUGCCCUUCACCGCCCUGCCGCCCGGCCUCAUCCCCCGCAGGGUGGGCGUCUACGUCGACUACGACCGCGGCCAGCUGUCCUUCUACGACGUGGACAGACAUUUGCACAUCUACACCUACAACGAGAGCUUCGAUGACAAGCUGUUCCCCUUGUUUGGUACCGUGGAGAUCAUCAAGGAUCUGGUGAUCAAGUCUCCUGCAGUUAAAACCCAGUGUUUCUGCCCCGCAUCCUGCAUCUGGGGUUGAGUUUGUUGCUGUUACCUCUUCCUUUUAAAGCCAGUAGAUAUCAUAAUAAAUAACAAAUGGUUAUAUAAUAAUAAUCACUGGGAGGAAAUCAGAGAUCCUGAUGUAAAAGACCAUCAUUGUGCUAUUGAAUAGCUCCACUAUGUGACCACUACCUACCUAUGCUGCUGCUGCUGUUGCUGCUUUAAUGUGAUCGUUGCAACCACUUCCUCACUAUAGAGUUACAGUGCUACUCUUUGCUCACACAUAAUGUAUUUUCAUAAAUUUGAAAGGAAACCUGUAGUAUUCAUGUAAUGUAUUGUGCAAUACUAACCCUGCAAGAAGAAUGUGAGAAUUUCAGUGAAUGAUAAAUAAACCAAAUCCAUGUCUUA